AUGGUCUUUUCAACCUUGAACAAUUCAUUUGUUGGAAGUUUUUUCGGGAGCAUCAAGAAUGCAACCAAUACAUUGAUGGGAGGUGACAAUACGGAUGAUAAUCAUUUACCCAACGAUCCGAAUCAUGAAUUAAUUGGUGAUGGUGAUGGAGAACAGACAACAAUAGCCUUUCGUCCAAUGACAGAAUCUCUAUCGCCCACAACAAUUGCUCCAGCAAGGUUUGCCUUUCCAACGUGUGAUGUUUGUCUUCAUGAACAGAAUGCUAUUAUACCAACGAAUUAUUAUUGUGGAGAUUGUGAGUUGGCUCUAUGUAGAGAACAUGUGAGGAAACACUAUUUGGAUGGAAAGAAUCACAAAAUAUUUGAUCCACGAUCUAAUUAUAUUGUAAAUAUGAAUGAUAUUGAUGAUUCGGAUGAUGAUGAUGAUAUUGAAAUUGUGACUGUUGAAAGCUUGCCAGUGUCAACUGCUAACGAUGAUGAUUUUGAACACCAUCAAAUAUUUCAAGUAUCUGAUUCGGUGCUCGAUGUAAAUAAUUUAACGGAGGAAGAGGAAGAAAUUAUCAACAUGAAUAAUCAGGAUUUUAUCUAUUGGACUCGAUUAUUAAAAACAUAUCCUCAUUUCUCAACAAAUAUAAUACAUACACCACUCAUUAUUAGAAAGCUCUAUAUGAAUGGUGCUCUUGGAGGAUCACUUUUAAUUGACAAUAGGACACAACAUCCCAUCAAUGUAAUAUUGUCUCAAGUAGGUCCUCUCUAUCAAUUACUUAUACCACCAAAUAGAAUGGGGAUAUUCGAGGGUGUUGGACGAGUUCAUUUCACUGUUGAAGUUGGAAAAUUGCAUACAUCCAAACACAAGCAACUGACAACAUGGGAUAAAGCACUACCAAUUAUUGGAACUGUUUGUGGUAGUGUUGCUGUUGGUGUUGGAAUUGCUUCUGGAGUUUUGACAGGUGUGGGAUUGAUUGGAGGUGGAGCAGCAUUGGUUGUUGGAGGUGGAUUAUCAACAGCUACAAUAGCUUCUGCUCCAGCAAUAGCAAGUGUAGCCAGUGUUGUAAAUAAGAAGAAUGGUAACAAAUUGGAAGCUAAGGAGAAGGAAACUUUAAAUACCACUUCUAAUUACAACAUUUCAGAAAAUGAAACCAUUCCAGCCGACAAUUUAAGAGAAACCAUUGAUGGGGCAGACAGUUUUGAAAUUAUAGAACAUCAGGAUAUCAUUGAAGAAAAACCUGAACCAACCGAAACCAAAGAACAAGCUCAAACCACUUCUAAAAUAGGUGAAGUUUCAAAAUGGAUCAAAAAAUUAGUUCCAGGAAAAGCCACAUUCCCACAUAGUUCUGUGAGAGGCGUAUUUUGCGAUGGCCAUUCUAUAAUCAUUGUCAGUAUCAAUGAUGAAGAUGUUAGAAAUCAAAAUGAUGAAGCUGGAUAUUUUGAUCUCGAAUUGAAAACAUUUUAA